AUGUCUGAAGAAAAAAGACGACUAUCUUCAGUAGUCGCACACGACCAUGUCAAUGAUGGCACGGUUCGUGUCAACGACGAGGCCAUGCGACGGCUCAGUGUUGUCCGCUCCAACAUGGGGCAACAACAGGAGGCUGCGAGGCUUGCCACCGAUGCAGAGAAGUCUAUGACUGUUCGACAGGCUAUCCGCCUAUACAAACCUGCAAUUAUCUUUAGUAUGAUCAUGUCCUUGGCGGUAGUGAUGGAAGGGUAUGAUCUUGCCGCAAUGGGCUCGUUCCUAGGAUACGAUCAGUUCCGUCAGCGCUUCGGCACAGAGCUGGAUGCAGACGGCAGCCCGAGGAUUUCAGCCGCCUGGCAAGCCGGCAUCCAAAAUGGUGUCCAAGCAGGCUCUAUCAUUGGUCUUUGGGCCAAUGGUUAUAUCUCAGAAUGGUACGGGUACAAGAAGACCAUGUAUGGAGCAGUCUUUGCAUCGAUUUUGUUCAACUUCCUCCACUUCUUCGCUCAGAGCAUCGGCAUGGUCGUGGCUGGUUCUGUACUGCUCGGACUGCCCUGGGGAAUUUUCCAAACUCUUACUGUCACCUACGCCUCGGAUAUCACGCCCGCAACCAUUCGCCCUUAUCUGACGACAUACAUCAAUCUAUGCUGGGUCAUGGGCCAGUUAGUAGCUGCAGGCGCACUCCGCGGCUGCCAAACGCUUGGUAACGACUGGGGCUGGCGCAUUCCGGUCGCCAUUCAGUGGGUCUGGGUUCCUUUCAUCUUUCUCGGGGCUUACAUGGCCCCCGAGUCACCCUGGUGGCUUGUCCGUAAGGGCCGCUACGAGGAAGCGAGGGCCUCUCUUGUGAAAGCCACAACCCCACAGCCUGACGUCCGAUUCGAUCCAGAUCAUGCUCUUGCCUUGAUUAGGCAUACGAAUGACCUCGAACAAGCAAUGAAUGAGGGCGUCAAUUAUCUCGAUUGCUUUAAAGGUGUUGAAAAGCGACGAACUGUCAUCGCUUGUGUCGUCUGGCUUACGCAAGCGCUGUGCGGUGCUGCGAUGAUGGGAUACUCGGUACAGAUAUAUCGCGAAUCCGGACUCAAUGAAGAAGGUGCUCUCAACCUAAACAUCGGACAGUACUGCCUUGGUUUCAUUGGGACCAUCGGCUCGUGGUUCCUCAUGCGCCGCAUUGGACGUCGAACGCUGUACAUCUAUGGCCUGGUCAUCCUUUUUGGCUUCCUUAUGGUCAUCGGAGGUCUCGGUGUUAUUUCCCGCGAAAACACUGGUGCAGCAUGGGCUCUGGGAAGCAUCUUGCUGGUCUACACGCUCUUCUACAACUUUACAGUUGGACCUGUGUGCUAUGCUCUCGUUGCGGAAAUGUCUUCAACACGUUUGAAGAUCAAGACUGUGGUUCUCGCACGCAAUGUAUACAACCUGGGCAGUAUCUUUAACAACAUCGUCGUUCCACGUAUGCUCUCGCCCACAGAAUGGAACUGGGCCGGUAUGACCGGGUUCUUCUAUGCUGGACUUACUGCCCUGCUCAUUACCUUCAUGUGGUUCAUGUUGCCCGAGACAAAGGAUCGGACGUUUGCCGAGCUGGACGUCUUGUUCGAGAACAAGGUGUCCGCAAGGAGGUUUGCGAAGACGAAUGUCGACCAAUUCUCGGGCGAUACUACAGCCAUCAGGAUGGACAGUGACGGAGGCAGUAGUGACGACGAGAAGCGCGAUACGCUCAGGCGUGAGCAGGUCUAA